CUAAAAUAUAAUACAGCAGCACCACCAGAAAGGAGCAACACAUUUGCAAGCUUUCCUGUACUUUAGUCAGUGAUGAAUUGGUCUGAACUCUGGACUGUCGUCAGCGGGGCCAACAAAUUCUCCACGGCGUUCAGCCACGUCUGGCUCGCCAUAGUCUUCUUUCGGGUGUUGGUGUUUGCGUUGGCAGUGCAGCAAGUCAGAGGUGAUGAGGACCGGGAUUUUAUGUGCAACACAGACGAACCGGGCUGCAGCACAGUCUGCUACGAUGCCAUCGUCCCAUUCUCUCACUUGCGGCUGUGGGCCAUGCAGCUCAUCUUUGUCACAUGUCCCUCUCUGAUGGUGGUGGCCCACGUGAAAUAUCGUCUGAGGAAAGACAAGGCAUAUAUCGCCAGGCAUGGGACUCGUCUGUAUAACAAUCCUGGGAAAAAACGUGGAGCGUUGUGGUGGACGUACCUGGUUAGUCUGCUCUUCAAGAUCACCUUUGAUGCCGGCUUCCUCUACCUCCUCCAGUACAUUUACAACGGCUACGAAGUACCCAGACUGUCCAAGUGCUCUUUGGCGCCGUGCCCCAUAACGGUGGACUGCUUUAUUUCACGGCCUACAGAGAAGAAAAUCUUCAUUUUCUUCAUGGUGGUUUCCUCUGCCUUCUCCAUCUUCACCUGCGUCUGCGAGAUUAUUUACCUCGUCUGCAAACGCAUCAUGAAAAUCAUUUCGUGGAUGAAUGAAAGGAAGCGGAUUAAUGCCAUCAUCGAGCUUAACAGCAUGAUUGUGGAAGCAAAACAGAGAGCAUGAAUGUGGAUCUUCACAACCAGAAACACAUCAACUAAUUGAUGACUUUUGUAAAUAGAUUGAAUGGCAUUUAAAUAAAGUUAUUUUGCAUUUGUGCAUUUACAA